AUGCGCCGCGCAGACAGCUUCAGCAGCAUCAGCUCGACCAGCUCGUCGGAGGAGGAGACGAUGCAGGUCUUCGUCAAGAACGUUUCCGGCACCAGCACAAUACCCCUCACGCUCCCUGCAAACACGUCAAUAUCCACGCUCCGCACCCUCCUCGCCCUCCGCCACAACCUCCUCCCCUCAGACCUGCGCCUCGUGCACGCCGGCAAGCACCUCAGCUCGCCCUCGACGACGCUGACCGACUAUGCCAUCCCGCCCAACGCCACCCUGCACAUGGCGCUCCCCUUGCGCGGCGGCAUGCCGCCCAAGAAGAUCCGCUGCUCGUUCAAGGACUGCAAGGAUGCUGCGCAGCGCAUAGUCGGGGACUGCGGCUUCUGCUCUGGCCACUUCUGCGGCAAGCACCGGUUGUUGGAGGAUCAUAAGUGCGAGGGGCUGGAGGAUUGCAAGAAGGAGUCGCACGAGCGGAAUGCGGAGCGGUUGAAUAGUGAGAGGACGGUUGCUAUCAGGGGCGUCUGA